AUGCGGCAGGGCCGGGUCGAGAAAUCCAUGUGCCGCUACGAACUUGGUCAUUUAAUCUGGGCCAGCUGUAAUGGCCUGCUUUUGGGAUUCUUAAACGGAGAUCCUUAUUCUGUGCGCAUCCUGAAUCCCGCAACCAAGCAAUGCUUCACCCUGCCUCCAUUUUCCAAGAUACGUUAUGCAUCUCUUCUUCCUGCUAUGGCGUAUGCGUCGGCCUCCAUGAAGUAUAAAGUGGUUGUACGCGAUUUCGUGGAUGGAAGCAAUGGUCUAAGGAAUCUUGAAUGUCUUAUAUUAACUGUUGGUGUCGAUACCACCUGGAGGCAUGUCCACACUAAGCACUUGUCUCUUAAUAGGAACCAACUUUCAUGCGCCUUUAAGCCGUUGAUCACUGAUGGUUUUGUGCAUUGGGUCUGGGAUUCGUGCACCUCUGUUUUCUCUCUCGAUGUGGAGACUGAAAUUAUUUCCAACUCAGAGGUCCCCCUUCCUCGAGUUCACAGAAACAAGCGACGCUUUUAUCUGUCAACAGGAAGGUAUCUAUCUUUAUUGGUCGCCCUUGGGAAUUUCUCGUGGCAAGUUUGGCAGAUGAAACCAGAAACUGGGGAGUGGCUCAAGGUAUUUAACAUUGAUUUGGAAGCUGAAAAAUGGAAGCUCGAUGUAUUUUUUGGAGAUUGUGAAGACAAGAUAGGCCAAGGGGUUUGGCUCAUUCCGGUUGGUUGGCUGAAUUACCCAGAUGUUCUCGUCCUUGCUCCUCCCAAUACAAGUUGCGAUUGCAUUUUGUACAAAGUUUGUACACGUGAGGUCCACUCUGUAGAGUUACCAUAUCCCGCUCGACAUUCUCUUAUUAUAAACCAUAAUAAUUGUAUGGCCUCCGUCCCCGGAGGCUAA